UCACAAAAAAUGGUUUGAAGGAAUCCAAAAAGAAGAAGGAGGCUUACCCUACCCUACUAGUUGCGCACUGGCUUGAGAUCUAUCCAGAUAUCGAGGAGACUUGGAAUUUUGGCAGUAUAUAAACUACCACAAUCUCAAACAUUCUUCCCAACUUCAACUAUAACUCAACACUACUUCUCUUAUAAUACAAUAUUUCUACUUAACUGUGUCUGAAGUGUCCACAUCAGUGUGUGUUUUGAAUUAAGGGAAAGAUGAACAGACCUGGAGAUUGGAACUGCAGGGCAUGCAACCACCUCAACUUUCAGAGAAGAGACUCCUGCCAACGAUGCGGUGAAUCAAAACCGGUGACUAGCGGCGGCGGUGAUUACGGUGUAGCAUUCGGUGGUGGAAGAGGCUCUAGUUCGCCUUUUCCUUUCACCACUGGCCCUGAUGUCCGCCCAGGGGACUGGUACUGUACUGUUGGUAACUGUGGAGCUCACAACUUUGCCAGCCGCUCUAGCUGCUUCAAAUGUGGUGCCCCUAAGGAUAUUGACACCUUCUCCUCUGACUCCUCAGACAUGCCAAGGUUAUUGAGAUCACCAUACGGUUUUGGAGGCGGCAGCGCAGCAGGCACCUCCACCCGCCCCGGGUGGAAAUCCGGUGACUGGAUAUGCACCAGGUUUGGUUGUAACGAGCAUAACUUUGCUAAUAGAAUGGAGUGCUACCGAUGCAAUGGCCCUAGGGACUCUAGCUCUGGAAGGUCUUCCUAUUUAUCCUAAACAUCAUUUCUCCAUCAUGGUUUGGUGUCGAAGAGAGAAUUGAUAGAGGCUAUUAUAUUUCCAAGCUAGAGAUAGUUACUUAUUUUUGGUCUCUAUCAAUGUUACUUUCUUCAUAUUUUUUCUUUUUGUUUUUGCUUCUUUUGAUUUUGUUUGAUCGAGCUAGCUAGAAAGGAAUCUUGUUUAGGUUUGAAUAAUAUUUUGAGUCUGGUUGGUGCUGAUCAGUGUAUCUCGGCAGUUAUUAGCUAUGUACUAUCUAGCUAGCCCAUGUACUUUUUUUCAGUAUCAACAGUUUAAUAUUAAUUAGUACUAUGAUUAAUUUGGUGCAAAGAAGAUGUUGUGUUGUGUUGUUGUUUAUCCAAGAAGUGUUCUCAAAAGAAUAUAAGAUGCUCUCUCUUUUUUA